GUUCGAUACUGGAGGACAUAUUGGUCGAGCUGCAGAAUGAUGUUCACAGAAAGAAAGGGUUGAUCAUUGAAGGUACGACGCGCGUUACGUAAUGGCUACUUGUAUAGGGUUUAGUUAAGACGUAAGUAAAUUCGUACUCUUCAAUAGAAAGCUUUCUUAUCACCCUACCAAUAUCAAUCACAAGUUUGUAGACCGUUCUAGCACUCUAUUGCAUAGGUUUGUUAGGUAGCCUCUAGUGCUCUAGAUGUCAAUCUGGAAGGGUUUCUCGACUUACUGUAUGUCUUCGGUGUUGUCAUCUCUCAUUAGACUCAGACCACGACCUACAAAUCUUCUUCGUUUGCUCUGGUGCUUGCUACUCGUCUGGUACGAGAUCGGCACAUUCUACCACCAUGUCUCCCAGUGUACAUGGCCUGACUCUCGGCUGGACUCGUUAGAUGUCCCGGAAGCUUCGAAUGUGACCGAGCCUACUCAUGUCUUGUUGGUGGCAGAUCCCCAGAUUCUUGACCAACGAUCGUACCCAGGUCGUGACCCAGCUCUCAUGUGGCUUACACAAAGAAUCGUGGAUAUGAAUAUGAGGAGAAGCUGGCGAGCUACCCAAACUCUCCACCCGGACGUUGUUGUGUUUCUCGGUGACAUGAUGGACGGAGGACGUUUCGCUAUGUCCGAUCCUGAAUAUGAGUCUUACUACAACAGGUUCAAGGACAUAUUCUUUAUGAAAAAGGAUAUACCCGUGUUUUAUAUACCCGGGAACCAUGACAUUGGUUUAGGCAACUCAGGUGCAUUUUCUUCCAAUGCAUAUGAUCGCUACCAGAAGCAUUUCGGCCCUCUCAAUCAAAACGUAGAGAUUGCGAAUCACUCUUUCGUAAUGGUCAAUGCACCGGGACUUGUUGAUGAAGAUAAUGAUCGAGCCAUGAAAGGUGUUUCCUAUGCACGAUGGGCAGCGGCUAUGCCUGGCGGACCAAUUGAGUUCGUGUACUCCACAGGUGGACACGCAGGCCAUUCUGAGACUCCAACAAUUCUAUUGACUCAUAUCCCCCUUGCUCGUCCCGAAGGUUCAGAUUGUGGUCCCUUGCGAGAGAAAUGGACCAUCCACCAGGGUGUGGGAUUCGGCUACCAAAACACUCUCAGCGACGAAGCAUCCGAGUUUGUGCUUCAGGCUCUAAAGCCCUCUGCCAUCUUCAGCGGAGAUGACCAUGAUUACUGUGGAUAUUGGCACACUUUACCGGGGUCUAACGGACGUACAGUCAAGGAAGUCUCUGUGAAAUCAUUUUCCAUGGCCAUGGGUGUGAAAGUUCCAGGCUUUCAACUCCUCUCGUUAUUCCCCGCUUCGUAUUCGGGCAAAGAAUCCUUCCAAGACAUACCAUGUUUUCUGCCCAACCAGAAUAGGAUUUACCUUAGCAUCUACGUGCCGCUGGUGUUCUUCAGCUUGCUGUCGUUAUUAGUGUCAAACUUCCAUCGUGUGAAGGCUCUCGACAACUCGCAGACGUACUGGAACUCAUCUGGCACAGAUGCGAUGGAAUCAUGGGCUGAAGGAAGGGCAUAUCUGGACGCGGGAGCAUGGCGUGCUACGACACCUACGUCUAUUGACGAGCAGGUGCCUUUGCGAAAAGUCAGCGAGGCACCAAACGAGGAUGAAGAUGACGAAGCCUACUCCCUUCCAGUUCCUGGGUCCAGCGCACGUCGUGCCUUUGCGCGUUCACGUACCUGUUCCAAAUCGUGGUCAUUCAUUCUCUGGGGUCGACGUCGGCAUAUGACACUCGAUAGUUCGUGCCUGUCAUCAGUCCUUUCACCAUUCUUCUACCAGGACGGACGAAACCCAAUGGACUAUAGGCGGAGUCGAGCAGGCUUCUUUCGUGGGGUAUUCAGGGACGUUUUCGAUGUUGCUUGGCCAGCUCUUGUACUAUUUGUGUUACUUGCGUGGUGGACGUUCCUGUAGGGAAGUAUGGACAUUGUACUUAUUCAGCCUUCAAGGGGAUUGUAGGUCUAUUUAUUGAGGUUUCGGAUCAGGAUCAUCUUUUUACUUUGACACGAUGAUCGACACCGUGUGCUUGAAUCAGAGGCACAGGCACUGACGUUUUUAGUGGUGAAGCAUCAACAGGAGUACAAGUCCGACAGGUUCUUCAAGGUUUUGCUCCACUCAUAUCGUGGAUUAGGUCUGGACUGUUCUGCUCCAAACAGCGUCCGAACAGAAAAGCCCUAUCAUAGACUUUCAGAAACAAAAAUGCCGUAUUCAGUGGCUGAACAGCGCUUUAGAAGAACAGUAUGGCAUUGGUAAGGCAAUAAGGAGGCUCUAUCGGCGGCAUUGAUGCAGGAGCACACGUUCCGCUAUGCACGAGUCAGCCUCACUCUAAGAGUUUCGGCGGUCUACAGAAGUCAAAACCUGACAGACAACGGAGAAAGCUCGCCUAUUGGACCGGAUUUCUUAGGCAACGUUAUCGAGAAGGGGACGUCUUGGAAAGCGAGUUGAAGCAAAAGGAUGAGGAUAACGGCAGCAUCACCGAGGGUGAUAAGUGAGACGGAAGGUUUGACGGGCGGUGUUGCAUAUAGCACUGUAUCAACGCGCGUGCCUAGACCAACAGAAGGGUUCUGCACGCCGGAGCCGGUAUAUUAGAGGAGUGUUGGGUCGGAUGGAAUAACUACAUAAGGAGAGG